AUGGCGGUCCCCGAGGUCUUUCUUCCACUUCUGGGCUUCGUACGGGCCGAACUCAUUAUUAAUUGCGUCGUUGUCUUUCUCGUUCUGCUCGUCGUUAUACUCCGAGUCGUCGGCCGUAUCAUUGGCCCGGGACUAGGUUGGGAUGAUGCACUGGUUGUAUUCUGCACUCCUCUAGGAGUUGCAAUGCUGGUUUGCCAGGGCCUCUUUUCCGUCGUGGGAAAUGGGUAUAACUUAUCCGAACACCCAGAGCUUGCCGCCAAUAUUUCUUACAUUUUAGAGGUGACAUUCUGCAUGCAGAUUGUGUAUGUAACCCUGCUCGCCGCGGUAAAAGCCAGCAUGCUUUGCUUCUUCAUUCGUGUAUUUGUCACUCCAUCGGUACAGACAACAGCCAAGAUCACUUUGGGCUUUGUGGCAGCCUGGAUGAUCGCAUAUCUCUGCGGAUGCAUCUUCAUCUGUACGCCAGUGUCAGCGCAAUGGACUGGUCUCGGCAAAUGUGGCGCUUACAUCUCCAUGAUUCAGUCCUUGAUCGUGACAAACGCUGUUGGAGAUAUAAUCAUUAUGGCGAUACCUAUGCAGACUAUCUGGGGACUUCAGACACGACGGACCGACAAGAUUGGCAUCACAGCCUCCUUCGCACUGGGUCUAGCGUACAGUCUCCUAAACCCAUUCAUACUAGACAAGUUUACUAAUCCUUUCAUCAGCUGCGUGGUGUGCGCCGUAUUCCGUCUGGUUUACAUCUCGACCGUCGAUCUGAACAGCAACGUCACCGGCACUAUGCCAACCACGGUUUUCCUCUUCACUCUAGAGCCCAAUCUAGCGAUCCUCUGCGUUAGCGUGCCCAUGUUGCGACCUUUUUAUCACAUGUACAAAAAGCGCACCUCGAACUCACGGCUCCAUGAAUAUCCGAGCGACUUCGAAGCAAGCAGGUACCGAGAAAAGAGCCGUUCUGGCAAAGAUAGCCGAGUGAGGACUGUCGGAGAAGCGAAUUCGUGGGAAAUGAACGAUUAUCGCCCUCAGGAUAGGGCCAAGCAUAAUGCCGUCGUGAUGGCGGAUGGCGAUGAAUCAGGGUCCGAGAAGAGCUUGACCGCAUCUUCACAGCCAUUCCCUUUGCAGGGAAUCGAAGUGGAAUCGAAAUGGACAGUGACACGCAGCUAG